AUGGAUCCCAUCACGGCCAUCGGCUUCGCAGCAAAUAUCCUGUCAUUCAUCGACUAUAGCGCAAAGGUCAUCAGCGCAUCGAUCGACAUCUAUGGGUCUGCUUCCGGUAACACCCAAGACAGUCGUAACUCCGAUGUGAUCGCGACGGAGAUGAGGCGGUUUGCCGCCAAGCUUCAGCCUCCCAGCCUUGCUCAACUAUCUGGAGAAGAAAAGGCUUUGUGCAACCUCGCGACAGAAUGCGAGGCCUUGGCGAAGAGAAUACUGGAUCUUCUGGAGAAACUCAAGCCUAAAAAUCGGAAGUCGAAAAGCUCCAGCCUGGUGAGUUGUUUCUUUGCUUCAAGCUGCAAUAUGUUGACGCUUCACUUCAGUUCAAAGACGCAAGCCAGGCUCAAUGCUCUGGUUACAUUAGCGAAGGACGAUUCCGCGAAAAUCAGGCAUCUACAAGAUCAAUUGGAGCACUUAGGUCAAGGGCUCUCUAUCGAGUCCCUCACUCCAAACGCUCGAAAUCAACUGCGAUUGCUUUUGGGGUUAUCAGAGCGUGCUUGCGACGUGAUUGCUCAACAUCGCAUUCUCGAAAGCUUAGCCUUUGAAGGAAUGUAUGGGCGGUAUGAAGAUGUGGAUGAGGCGCAUUUUGAGACACUUCGGUGGAUUUAUGGCGAUGAUCUUUAUACUAAUGAAGAAGACGAAGAUAGCGCCGACGACGAAGCUGGCGACAUUGAUGAAGAUGAGUACGAAGACGAAGAAAAAACUUCAGCGAGAGAAUUGUUGCUCAAUUGGAUAUCAUCAGGAGCCGGAAUCUUCCACAUUUCCGGAAAAUUAGGAUCUGGAAAGUCAACGUUGAUGAAAUAUCUCUCUGACCAUAAUUGCACUGGCGAGCUGCUUGGACAAUGGGCUGGUAGCGAACGUCAACUAGUCUUUGCUCGUUUCUUCUUCUGGAAGCCGGGGUCAAAGAUGCAGAAAUCACUUACCGGCCUCAUCAGGUCUCUACUACACGAUGUUUUAAAAGCAUGUCCUCAUCUCAUACGGGAAGUUCUUCCAGAUUAUUGGGAUCGAGUCAAGUCUACGCCUCGGCAGGUGCAAUUUAAGCUACCAUUAUCAAACAAGGAUAUUCGGGAGGCAUUUUCACGAUUAAUAUCAGAUCCGAAGUUAUACAACAACAAUUGCUUUUGCUUCUUCAUCGACGGACUUGACGAAUAUGAGGGGACGCACCAAGAAGAUCCAAAGAGCCUAGUUGACUUGCUCGGCAGCUGGACAAAUCUUGCACCAACAACCGUCAAAAUAUGUGUUUCCAGCAGAGAGUACAACGUAUUUAUGAACGCCUUCUCGAAUGAGCAACGCAUCAGCCUUCAGAACUUGACCAGAUCGGAUAUGUCGCGCUACGUUCUUGAUAAGUUCCGUCACAUGGAUCGGAAAGAAGACCAGACGGAUCUCACGAAAGCUAUCGUGGAGAACUCUCAAGGGAUCUUUCUCUGGGUUACGCUUGUGGUCAAGAGAAUUCGCGAACAAAUGGAAAACGGCGUCGAUCUCAAUACUUUGCACAGUGAGAUUGAUUGUCUUCCCCGAGAGCUAAAUGAUCUAUUUGAAUACAUUCUCAACUCUCUAGUCGAUUCAGACCUUAAAGCUGCAUAUCAGACAUUCUCUAUGGUCCUUGAGCUAAAACAGCAUAAAAAGCUUCUCACACUAUUGUCCUACUCAUUCCUGAACGACUUCACACGGGAGCCCGUGUUGUGUCCACGAGAAGAUUCCCAAUAUCCCACGUUGACCCAGGAAGAGAGAGCUUUGAGAAUCGAGUCUGCACGCAAGCGAUUGAACGGGUGCUGUGGAGGCCUCUUGGAAACCCGACAAGAUCCCGCAGAGGAUACAUCGGAAGGCAUCGUAAUCACACACCGAUCAAUCUCCGAGUUUCUGUCUAGUGGGAUACAAAGAGACCGAAUGCAGCAUCAUCUCACCGGCUUUAACUCAGUCGAUGCUAUCUCUCGACUCACACUUGCA